AUGAACUUCAAUUAUGAAGGGGUGAAGGCUCAAUUUGGAUCACUUCUUUGGGUUCAUGUUUCUCAAACCUUUGAUCCCAUCAUUCUUUUCAAGAAAAUCCUUUCAACAUUGACUUCAGAUGGUGGUGAUGACCGUCUGAGUAGGGAAGCUAUCCUGAGAAAGCUUCAAGAAGCUCUCAAGGAUAAAAAAUAUCUUCUUGUUGUUGACGAUGUCUGGAAUGAAGAUGUUCCAAAGUGGGAAGACUUUAUGAACUUCAUGUCAGGAGUUACUUCAACUAUGGGAAAUGACAUUUAUUAUCAUCACUACCAGGAGUCAAAAGCAAAUGCUUUUGAUGGAAAUGAAGAAGUUCCACCACAAUUUGAGAGUAUUGGAAAAAAGAUUGCAGAGCUUGUUGGAUCACUACUGCAAAAAGUGUGCAAACAGAGGUCGCUCGAACGGGCAGGGCAGCUUGAAGUACCUCCGUGGGAUAUUGGUUUCGAGCAUGAUUCUGGUCUUCCUCGGGUUUUAAGCAACUCAGAUUUCAUUGUCUUCUUAGAUUUAUCCUUGAAGAAGAAGAAGAAGAAGAAAGCUGUUUGA